UGGCUGGCCUUGAACUGGAGGCGGUCUUUCUGCCUCAGCCUCCUGAGUGCAGGGGUGGAAGGCACCCACCUUCAGGCCUGAGCUUUCCCCCUUUUGUCCAGUUCUUGGAUGCCUCCCCGCCCCCAGGUGUUUUCUGUGAUUUCCAGAGUCCGGGAGGCAGGCAGGAGGAGGAGCCGCGCGCGGGGAGCCAGGUUCACUCAGUCCUGCAACUCUCGGGGGCCGCGUGGGCGGCCGCCCGGCCGGGCCAAGUUUCUGUUCCUGGAGCCCGGGGCACAGGGAGGACGAGAGCAGUUCCACGGCUUGGGCUCCAUGUACUGCCGGGGCGCGGCUGCCGUCAUCCUCACCUACGACGUGAUGCAGCCGCAGAGCCUGGUGGAGCUGGAGGACAGGUUCCUGGGUCUGACGGACUCAGCCAGCAAGGACUGCCUGUUCAUCAUCGCGGGCAACAAGGUGGACCUCACGGAGCAGGGCGGGGAGGGGGAUGGGCACGGGCCCAGGGGACCCAGGCAGGUGUCGCGGGAGGAUGCGGUGGCCCUGUACAAGAAGAUCCUCAGGUACAGAAUGGUGGACGAGAAGGCUGCUCCAGCCGCCGAGCAGAUGUGCUUCGAGACCAGCGCCAAGACCGGCCACAAUGUGGACCUCCUGUUUGAGACCGUGUUUGACAUGGUGGUGCCCAUGGUCCUGCGGCAGAAGGCAGAGGAGCCAGUGGAGACUGUGGACAUCACAAGCCAGAAGCCCCCCAAGCGGACCCGGUCUGGGUGCUGCACCUGAGCCCCCGUGGGGCUUCCUGGGCACUGGGAAUCAGAGGUUGCACCGAGGCAGAGUGGAGGUGACCACUGUUCACUGGGGCCAUUGCACAUCGGGGCUGGCUUUGGAGCCAGGGCACCCACGCCAUCUACCCCAUGCCCCGGGCUUCCCCACAGCCCCAGAGUGAUGCCCGUCCUUGCACUGUGGAGCCUGUGGUUGGGGCAGCUGUGUGGCACCUGUGUGCCCACAUGUCACCGCGCCUGGCAGCACUCUCCCUUGCUGCUAUCUUCACCGUCUCCACGCCGACUCGUCCUGGGUCCUCCCCAGCCUCGGUACUUGGUGCCUUAGGAUGGUGCUUCUGCGCAUCUGAUUUACUCGCAGCAGGCACGACUUUUGCACUGGUGGAAGCAGUGUGGGCCUGAGUAAUAUUAAAACUGAUUUUGGGAAAA